UUAUUGCCUAAAAUGAGCUCCAAAAUGGCAAAAUCUGGUGUAAUUGAAGCAAUGAUGAGGACCGCGAGCGUGAUGAAUUCGCACCAAACUCUCGUACUGAAAUCGGCAAUCAUCUCCAGACUUAUUGUUUUGGCCCUGAUCGUCCUCUGGCGUUCCCUCUUCAGCCCCUACGACACCUCCGCUACCUUAAACCCUAGCUGCCUAAUCGAUUCUCCGUCGGAGCCCCAAAGGCUACCACUGCUCCCGGGUCUGGCCUCCGCCGUCGAAAGCUGCAUCGUUUGGGACAGCGUUUACUUCGUUCGUAUCGCCCAAUGUGGCUACGAGUACGAGCAGUCCUACGCGUUCCUUCCCCUCCUUCCUCUUUGCAUUUCGCUUCUCUCUCGCACAGUGUUUGCGUGGCUGGUUCCGCUUAUUGGAUUUCGGGCGGUAUUGGGGUUCUCUGGCUAUGUAGUUAGCAAUGUCGCUUUUGUACUCGCUGCUGUUUAUUUCUACAGACUUUCAGUUGUCAUUCUGAAGGACUCUGAAGCUGCAUUUCGGUCCUCAAUUUUGUUUUGCUUCAACCCAGCUUCUAUAUUUUAUUCAUCAAUAUAUUCAGAGAGUUUGUAUGCGCUGUUUUCGGUUGGGGGAGUGUACCAUCUAGUAUCCGGUGCAAAUAGUAUUGCUGUUUUUUGGUUUGCUCUCUCUGGUUGUGCAAGAUCCAAUGGAGUGCUUAACGCUGGUUAUUUCUGUUUUCAGACCUUGCAUCAGGCUUAUGAUGCUGUAUUCCAAAAAAAGAAUGCUUGUUCAGCAAUGCAGGUUCUCGUUACUGGAGCACUGCGUUGUAUAUGUAUCUUUAUUCCAUUCAUUUCCUUUCAAGCAUAUGGAUACUUCAAUAUCUGCCGUGGAAGAUCUCUUGAUGAAAUGAGACCUUGGUGCAAGGCAAGUGUACCAUUACUGUACAGCUAUAUACAAAGUCACUAUUGGGGAGUUGGCUUCUUGAAAUAUUUUCAAUUGAAACAGCUACCAAACUUUCUACUUGCAUCCCCAAUAUUGACUUUGGCACUUUGUUCCAUUGUCAGUUAUGUAAAGUUACGUCCCAAAAUUGUUUUCUCACUGGGUUUUCGAGCUUCUGAUGAGGAAAAAGAAUCUAUGGCUUUGUUUUAUUCUUCAAAUUCAAUGCAGUCGUCACAAGUUGCUAGCCUCUCUAGCAAUUCUCCAUCCAAGAAGAGAGAGUAUCACAACCUUAGACAGAGGAAGCAAGUGAUUGAGGAAACUGAUCCAGUCACACGCUCAGUGGAACAAAGAGCACUAGGAAAGCCCAGUUUCUUGUCUGUUUCCAUUCUCCCAUUUAUUUUACAUUUGGCAUUCAUGGCGGCCACAGCAUUUUUCAUGAUGCAUGUGCAGGUUGCAACGCGUUUCCUAUCUGCUAGUCCCCCUCUUUAUUGGUUUGCAUCGUAUAUAACAAAAAUUGCUGGUUCUGGUAAGAGAUGGGGAUAUGUGAUUUCGGUAUACUGCACAGCAUACAUUCUUCUGGGCAGUUUGCUGUUCUCAAACUUUUACCCUUUCACUUGAUAUGCUGUGGGAGUAGUUUCUUGCUUGUCAAUAUUGCUUCUCAAGCAAGCUUUAGGCAUGUACAGAACAUGGCAACUCAGCUGCUCAAAAAUCCUUUCCUGUCCUACUGCCAGAACUUGGAAGCUUGAUUGGUAAACCCUUCUUCAUCGAGGUGGCGUUGCUUUGGAUUACUCGUCAAAGGAGCCGUUCAAAAGCUUUCGAUUCUAAUGCAACUCAAUCAGUUCUGUCAAACCUUCUGUCAGUUUCUAGUUUUGUCAUUGGGGUACACAGCUAGAAGCGGGUGACAGUUUAGUGGAUCUGGUUGGGGUAUAGCUAAUUUGUUCAUGUAUUCUCUCGGGCUCAUUUUGAAUGGCGAGGUUUUGUCUAAAUUAUUCUGAAGUGUGAGAAGAAAAUUGCAAGCAUUACCUUGCUUAUGAACUAUUGAAUCAGAAUCUUAGUCAUCUUUUGUCACCUAAACCCGGCUGGAUAGUAGAGUGAAAUGCAAUAUUAAUAUCCUGAUUUGGAGAUU